AUGAAGAAGGCAGAGCUGGAUGAAAUACUCCCGAGGAAAGGACAACCUAGAGAGGACUUGCAGGAUCGUCAAAGCCUCCAAGAGAUGAUAAGAAAUAUCAUCAAAGAAGAAAUGGGUAUUAGCCCAGUAUUACCUGGAAGACAGACUGACCGAGUCUUACCGGAGCAUGCCGCAAAGAAGAAACCUUCGCUCAGGAAGAGUGAGAAUGAUCAUGGUAGAGCUAGAUCUAAAUCUAGAGUAAGAUCUGUACAGCGGACAGUGCGAGAACAGGAGGAGCAAUGGACCAAAGUUGUUGGCCGAAGAGCUAAAUCCCAGCUCAAGAAGAGGGCUCCCGCUGGUAAGGAACCUCCUACUCCCAACUCCGGUAGGGAGAUAAGAAAAAGGAAACCACCCAAGACAGCGGCGGUACAGAUUUCGGUCGCGGAAGAUGGCAGCUACGCUGAAACUAUGAAACUGGCGAAGCAGAAAGUAAAAAUAGAUGACAUUGGUAUCGCUGAAAUGAAACCGCGUAGAACCAAGACAGGGGCCUUUCUCAUCGAGAUAUCUGGCGAAGAUAACAGUCAGAAAGCCGAUAAACUGGCCUUGAGACUGCAAGAACUCUUUCAGGAUGAUGGAAAAGUGAUAGUUUCUCGUCCGAAUAAAACCUCGGAGUUGCGCAUCACAAACUUAGAUGACUCUACGACACCUGAAGAGGUAGUAGCAGCUCUCUCACAGGCAUCAGACUGUAGUCCUUCAGAAGUGACGACAGGGGAUAUCAAGAGGGCUAGAAAUGGCCUUGGUGCCAUUUGGAUAAAGUGUCCGGUCGUUAGUGCUAAUCGAUUGGCUGAUUUAAAAAAGGUACGGAUUGGCUGGACAUCCGCGAGAGUGGAAUUGCUCCCAGAUCGCGGACUUCAAUGUUAUAGAUGUCUCCAAUUCGGACAUGCACGUAGGGAAUGUAAGAACUCGACCGAUCGGAGCGGUCUUUGUUAUCGCUGCGGAGGAAUGGGACACAAGGCGAAAGUGUUAAUCAUCAGUCAAAUGCGCUGCGUGUGA